CAACUGAUGAGAGCGUGGAAGUGUCCCAUCCAAGCCUAGAAAUAAAAAGAAAACUUUCCCAAAUGGAUUCCCGUGGAAUUAAGCGCUUGUUGUUUUCCUAUGUAUUAAUUAACGGUAUAUUUAUUACACUGCAAACUAAAGAAGGUAAGCGAAGGUCUUGACUACUUUUCAAACUUUGGCAACUAUUUGAAAUCAAAAUGUUCCUGUUGCAAGAAGUAUAUUCUCCUCUGCUCAGGUUGUGGGACCACGAGGAAGUGGAUGUUUAAAGCACAGGGCAAGAACAUGGGCUACUGAUACAAUUUCGCAACUUGUAGAAGUUUUUUAGUUUGUUGAUUUUGACCAGAAACUGUUUUUAAAUCAAUCCCUUAUACAUUUUCAGAUGUUCAAGUUUCGCCCGCAUUGGAUUAUCAGUAUCUACCCUCUUUAUCAAGAUGAGGGUGUGCUGAGAGCAAUCUUGCUACGUUAUAGAGUGCCACACUACCUGUUGGAAUUUUGAACUUUUAUAUUGUCUCUAGAUCAAUAAGAUUGCAGUAAGAUAUUGUGUGUACAUAUUAAAUAUAACACACAGUAGGCAAUAUGUUAGCAAUAGUAGUCUAUGCUACUGUGCCAUGUAGUUCUACACUCAAAUAAAAUGAUUAGAUCCGUUUUUAUUUUAAUAUUAAUAAGCAGAGGUUGUUUCGUUUUCCUUUAAAAAGGAAUUUAAAACUAUUUCACACUAGUGCAGUGCAAGUUAACAAUCUACAUAAGAGAGACUUGUGAAUAAUUAUCUGCAUGGCUGGGCUGAACAUUCAUGCCUGGUACCACUUAUUGCGCAGCACAGUUGAAUGAUGAUAAAGUUAGGAUAUUCCAUCUCAAGUUAAUGAUUACACCCUAAGCUUCCUUUUUAAUUGUAAAAGUCACUAACAUAGGCCUAUGUUUAAGCCUCACUUGAGGCAGUGUAGGGGAUUUAGACAUUUAAUCACUAUUCAUGGAGUAAGAUAUUAGAGUUCAAAUGAUAAUACCUAAUAGAAAGAAGCAAAUUAACUUCAAAAUGUACAUGUCCCAGCUCUCUGUGUAAGUCAAUCACAUUUUAGUAGGUCAAGACCUAUUUGGUUGAAUUUGACUUAAAUUGGACUUUUCCCCUGCGCAGAGGUGCUGUUGGAUAUGAGGGCAUCAGGGAGUGAGCUAGGCUGGCUGACCUGGCCCUAUGAACAAGGAUACAAGCAAGGGGUGAGUAUCCAUCCAUUAUUUCCAUUGCCCUGUCUCUAUACUCUUCUCUUUGGGGAAGUAUGGAUGGGGUAGCACAUAGUAUGCCAUGUCUGACUUUCUUACCUUCACACUACUUUAACAACUCUUAUUACAUUUACAUUUUAGUCAUUUAGCAGACACUCUUAUCCAGAGCGACUUACAGUUAGUGAGUGCGUGCUGUAACAUGGUGCUCAUGUACAAACGUUACUAAAAGUGUAACGUUCAAGUUGAAUAUGUGAAAUGAUCACAUUAUUCUAAUGGGGGUUGGGUUUUAGUGUGCAGCAUGUCUGGACUAUUCCAAGGGAGAUAAUGGCACCUAUAGCAAGUGUGGUAGAGAAUACUUGUGGCUUCAUGUGGUUUUAAGUCCCUCAUUUCAGAAUUGUAUGUAAGUGUGCAAUUGACUUAAAGUUUGGAGCAUAUUUACAUUUACAUUACAUUUUAGUCAUUUAGCAGACGCUCUUAUCCAGAGCGACUUACAGGAGCAAUUAGGGUUAAGUGCCUUGCUCAAGGGCACAUCGGCAGCAUAUGGUGCUUUUUGGGGAAAUUUAGAUGUAGCGAGUUAAGUUGGCUAUCUUUUUCUCAUAAGGAGAACAUAUGUUGUCUUUCAUCACAGUAAAACACAACAGAUUAUUGUUUUUUGCUAUCGUGUGCUUUUGUGUGGUAUGCGUGCUUGGGUCUAAUUUUGUGUAAUUUACAUUUGAGUGGUCAUUCAAAUCAAAUCAAAUGUGUCACAUACACGUGUUUAGCAGAUGUUAUUGCGGGUGUAGUGAAAUGCUUGUGCUUCUAGCUCUGACAGUGCAGUAAUAUCUAACAAGUAAUAUCUAACAAUUUCACAACAUAUACCCAAUACACACAAAUCUAGUAAGGAAUGGAAUUUAAGAAUAUAUACAUAUAUGGACAAGCAAUGACAGAGCGGCAUGGACUAAGAUACAGUAGAAUAUUAUAGAAUAGAAUACAGUAUAUACAUAUGAGAUGAGUAGUGCAAGAUAUGUAAACAUUAUUAAAGUGACUAGUGUUCCAUUUCUUAGGGUUAGGGUAGUAGUAGUAGUUUUAUGGAGGCGCUCGCUCUCCUGUUGCAUGCCCCCGUUUAUGUGAUGCCACACAGUCAGCCAACAAAGCACAUUCCUUUAAUUAAUAGCAGUGGUAACAUGCAGAGAGAACCACAGGCUCAGCCCCUGUGGGGACACAUGUAUUUCAGCAGCCACUAUUAAGCUGAUGCACGUUGAAGAUUUCUCACUAAAAUGUUGAACUUCUGUGGCAGCAAGAGUUGGAUACAUGGAUCAACAUCUGUUGCAUAAGAUCCCUCAUUGUUGACAGACCUCAGUUUAUUUCAAUGCUAUUGUCAAAAUCGGCUGGCUUCAUUCCUUCGCUAAGGCCUCGUCCUUUCUCGCCACUCUUAUGUCUUAAUAUGUUCCUUUGGGGUCUCCCUCACUCUCUCACAUGCUUUCACUUUGUCUCCAGGGUUCAAAUUACAGAAGUGCCGGGGGAGCUGGGAACUCGUAUAACAAAUUAAGGCACCACCAUUAGCAUUUUAAAGAUGUCAACAUGGGCAGUUGGGCACCCCCCAUAAUCAUUGAACAUUUUAACUUUGUUCCAGCCCACUAUUAGUAAUGUAUCCCCCAGAGUCCGUAUGUGACUGGAGCCCUGAUGGUCUGUCUGUGUGGUUGUUUCAGUGGGAGGUGGUCCAGAGGAGGCUGAAUGGCUCCCAGUUCUACACCUACUCUGUGUGUAACGUGGGCGAGCACGAGCAGGACAACUGGCUGCGCACCACCUUCAUCCAGCGGCGCCCGUCGGCCUCUCGCGUCUUCGUGGAGCUGCAGUUCAUUGUGCGUGACUGCAACUCAUUCGACGGCUCGUCGCUUACCUGCAAGGAGACCUUCAACCUGUUCUCCUCUGAGUCGGACGCCGACAUCGGCACCAACUUUCGCAAGGGCCAGUUCAAGAAGGUGGCCACCAUCGCGCCGGAUGAGAUCACCAGCCGCAACGAGCUGCGCAUCAACACAGAGACGCGGGUGGUAGAGAGCCUCAGCAGGAAAGGCUUCUACCUGGCCUUCCAGGACAUCGGGGCCUGUGUUGCGCUGCUCUCUGUCAGGGUCUACUACAAGACCUGCCCGGCCACCGUCAAGAGCCUGGCAGCCUUCCCCGAGACAGUGGCGGGUGGGGGGGUGAACCAGGCCCUGAGGGAAGUGGUGGGGGCCUGCAUGGAGGAACGCGGUGAG